CGCCCACACCUCCCACCAGCCGCGUCACACCGAGUCUCCGCCCACCCCUGCCUGCACAGCAUCUCCUAAUUCCCUUUAGCGCCCCGCCCCUCUCCAGCCUCCUCACCAUACCAAGCCCCUCCCACACUCCGUCCGUACAGUCUGUGCUCGCUCCGGGCUCCGCCCCCAUCCUGCGGUGUCCCCGCCCUCCUGCUGAUGACGCGGAUGCUGUGUGGCUGGCUGGGGGAAGCCGCUGGGUGACCGACUGCUGCUGCUGCGGAUCUGUGCGGCGUGCGGCGUGAGUCAGGCAGCCAGCGGGUGAGAGCGGGCGAUUGGGGCUCGCGCAGUGCCUGUGUGUCUCGCGGGCAGUUUGGCGGCGGCGCGCAGCAGCGGACCAGUCCCCUCCCCUCCCGCCGGUGCCCGAGAUGUGAUGACCCCGGCCGCGGCUACACGGUCAGACAUGAGCGGCUGGGAUGCGGCAGGCAGGAAGAAGAGACAGCGGCGGCAGCAGCAACAGAACAGGGUGUCCGGCUGGUGGGCGGCCGGGGGCUGGAGGCAAUGCCCCGGUGUGUGCCUGGCGCUGCUCCUCGCUCUCCUGCUCCUCCUGCCCCCGGUGUCGGUGUGUACGGUGUGUGAGGCGGACGGUCCCCGCAGGAGGAGGGAUUCCACGGAGCUGCCGGCAGAUCCUUUAAUGUCCCUGAGCCCGCCGUGUCUUACAGAAGAGGACCACUCCAGUUUGGAAGCUAUCCGAACAAUUCACAAACAAAUGGAUGACGAUAAUGACGGUGGGAUUGAAGUGGAGGAAAGUGUAGAGUUCCUGCGCGAAGACAUGAACUACAAGGAUGCCUCACACAAGCACAACCACCUGCACAGGGAAGACAAACACAUCACAGUGGAAGAUCUGUGGAAGAGGUGGAAAACAUCUGAAGUUCAUAACUGGACAGAAGAGGAGACGUUACAGUGGCUGUUUGAGUUUGUGGAGCUCCCGCAGUACGAGAUGAACUUCCGAAGAAAUUCUGUCAAAGGAACAACUCUGCCAAGAAUAGCUGUGAAUGAGCCGGCAUUUAUGAUCACACAACUGAAAAUCGUUGAUCGAAGCCACAGACAGAAACUGCACCUUAAGGCGUUAGAUGUCGUUUUGUUUGGACCAUUAACAAGACCACCUCAUAACUGGGUGAAAGACUUUGUACUGACCAUUUCGAUUGUCAUUGGUGUUGGUGGCUGCUGGUUUGCCUAUACCCAGAAUAAGACGUCUAAAGAACAUAUAUCACAGAUGAUGAAAGAUUUAGAGGGGCUGCACAAGGCUGAAAUAAGUCUCUUUGAAUUACAGGAAAGGCUGGAUAAAGCCCAGGAAGAAAACCGAAAUGUCGCCGUAGAAAAACAAAACCUAGAACGCAAAUUAAUGGAUGAGAUUAGUGAUGCAAAGCGGGAAGCACAGCGGCUCCGAGAGCUGAGAGAAGGGGCAGAGUGUGAGCUCAGUAGGCUGAAAUAUGCAGAAGAAGAACUAGUCCAGGUUCGCAUGGCUUUGAGAAAAGCUGAAAAGGAAUUUGAGCUGAGAAGUAACUGGUCUGUCCCUGAUGCUCUGCAGAAGUGGCUGCAGCUAACGCACGAGGUGGAAGUGCAGUACUAUAACAUUAAGAAACAGAAUGCCGAAAUGCAGCUUGCAAUUGCCAAAGAGGAGGCAGAAAAAAUCAAGAAGAAGCGAAGCACAGUUUUCGGAACACUGCACGUUGCGCACAGCUCAUCUCUGGAUGAGGUGGACCAUAAAAUUCUUGAAGCAAAGAAAGCACUUUCUGAGUUAACCACAUGUCUGCGAGAGCGGCUGUACCGGUGGCAACAGAUUGAGAAGAUGUGCGGUUUUCAAAUAGUCCACAAUUCUGGUUUACCAAACCUGACAUCCACUCUGUACUCUGAACACAGCUGGGUGGUUAUGCCCAGAGUUUCUAUUCCUCCUUACCCGAUUGCUGGGGGAGUGGAUGACUUGGAUGAGGAUACACCUCCAAUUAUUUCCCAGUUCCACGGUUCCAUCAUAAAAUCUCAUGGAACAUUGGCAAGGAGCAGCAGCAUGUGUCGUCCUCGACGUAGUGUUAUUCCACCGUCCCCCAAGUCUCCGCAUGUUCUCCAGUCACCUGAUCCAGAUAUCCUCUCGGUAUCCAGCUGCCCUGCUCUAUAUCGCACCGAGGAGGAAGAGGAUGCAAUAUAUUUCAUUGCAGAAAAGCAGUGGUAUGAGAAAUUUUGUCACGCUAAUAUACUUAAAAGGGAAGUUCAAGACUCAGAAUGUGAUUCACUAAACUCGUCAAUUGGAAGAAGGCAGUCCCCUCCUUCCAGCCUGGAGGUGCAGCAGGUGAGCGCCCACAUCCGGAAGAUCUCGCGAGAGGAGAGUUCAUGUGAGGAGUCUUUAUCUGCAGACUCUCCUUUAUCCACGGAUGUUUCUAAAGCAUCCUCACCUGACAACACAGGUUUGACAGAGAGCCAGAGCAUGGUAUUUAGCCCAGCUAGUAAAGUAUAUAAUGGCAUUUUGGAGAAAUCCUGCAGCUUACAUCAACUUUCCAGUGUUUUACCCGUCUCAAAACCACCCCACCCACCGUUCUCUUCUUCUCCAAACGAUGGCAAGCCAGUUCAAGAGGUCCACGGCAUUCCCAUGCUAAAGACCGUGCCACACGACCUGCCUCAGAACGGAGAGAAAAAAAAGCAAUCUAAAAUAAAAGUUCUUUUAAAAAAGAUUGCAAAGUAAAUCACCUGGAGGAAAGUUACAGACAAUGGGCGAGGCGUUUUCUAACGUUCUAAGAAUGUAACUCCGUGUGGAGUCUCCGAGACUGGAUGUCCUGGCGAAAUGCUCCGAAGUUUGCCUACUGUUCUGAAGGUCAUGCCAACAAUCACUGAAUUUCAUUAGAAAGUGGAUCUGUUUACAGUCACUUUUAUCUAUUUCUGCUUUUAAGUUUUUAGUUACUAUUUUUAAGAAGCUACUUUGGACUUCCAAGCUUUAAUAGACUACUAAGCCUCUUUGGGCUUACCCAAUCUCUUGUUUACUGGAGCAUCUUCUUAUCUUUCCACAGAGCUAUGACAUUUUACAUAAUGGACUAAAUAACUAAUUGCACUACAGUUUUCCAGACCGGAAACGGAUAUUUGCAAGUGAAAUAGUUUGAUUUGUAAAAUGACAGAUAAGAAGGUCUGUUUUCACUUUUAAGUCAACUGGGUUUGUAAGUAGAGCCUAGCGUUUCUAUUCAACGUGAUUUCCGUCGGAGCUCAUACAUUUUUGUAUGGGAAGCUUGUUGUUUAGAUUCACUUAUUCUUACGGUUACAAAUUAAAGUCCUGCUGUAAAGAUAUUUAUUUUCCUUCUCCAGGGCUUUUUACUGUGAUGUCACAGAGCUGUAAGCUGUAUCAUAUAUGUAGAUAUUAUAUAACAAGAGGACACGCUCUUGAUACUUUAUGCAAGUGAUAACGAUGGAACGUAACAGGAGUUAAUGCGCUUAGAUUGGGCUUUUAAGUGCUAUUAACAAAGUAGGAGAUUGUUUACAGGCAAAGGGUUAGUGACUUUGCUAAGUCUACGGAGUUAAGGUAGGAGGCGUUUACUGUAUCACGGGCUGCCCCACUGAUUACAUUAGCAUGCAGAUGUGCUAAAACAUAAUGUUUAUGGUUUGUAUUUGUUCAUAGCUCCCGACUGACACCAAUGGGUAUUAUUCAAUAUGUACUGUAUGCCAUAAACCUUUCACACUACCCAGAUGACUAAUAACUGCAGUGGGUGCCCUUAUUGCUUAAACUCACAUUUUCUUUCUCUACUAGAAGAGAUUUGUACAUGUUGUACAAUGCCACUUUUAAACUAAUACUUUUGCUACUACGGACACGUAUGUCUUUCCCUUUUGCCAAUACUUCUACAUGUUCUCUUGUUUUGCCUGUUGAAAUCUUAAUCACUAGAUCUGUUACAUUUCAUAAUGUAAAAUUUUCCAAUAAACUAAUUUAUUCGGUUUCUGGAAAGUGAUUUGUUUUGCAAGACACGCCUGAGGUCAGAUGGUUAAAAUGAUUCCCAUUCAAUACAUUAAGGCAAUGUUCACUAUAUAAAGUGUUAUUUAUGGAUGGGUGACUGGUGCGUGCGUGCGUGCGUAUGUAUAUAUUAGUGUCUUGCUAAAGUAUUCACCUCCUUGGCUUUUUACCUAUUUUGUUACAUUACAGCCUGUAAUUAAAAAUAAAUAAAAAAUUAUUCUGAA